AUGGCCAUAGUGCCACCCGAGGGUCUGGAAACGCACCAAACUGUCGCCAUUCCCAGGAACCUGGCUAUUGUGGCCACCAAUUACACAUUGGCACAGUGGCUCUCCGGACAGUCGAAGCUGCGUAUCCUUGGACGCCAGCCGCAGCUGGAAGUGCGGUCAGAGGGGCUCUCGUGA